AACAUAGAAGCUCAUGAUGCUCCGUCAACAAGUAUGCUCUCCGGUCAAUUGCGGUAAGUCUUUUAUAUACAUUCGAAAAUAUUCGAUGAUUCGCAUGGUUGCAUUGUCAAUAAUUUGAUUGAAUACAAUGCUUUCUAUGUACAAUAAGAAAAUUGUAUUUAAUUGUUGAAAUUAUAGCACUAUAUCUCGUUUUGUGGUUGCGGUUUUGCGGUUUUCGCUGUUAAAUAUUUAUCAGAAAUCGAGACCAUGCAUGUAAGUAGAUUUUGCUCUACUGCGACCAUGUUUAAAAUGGUCACUCUAUUAUGGAUUGACACCUUAUCUCAGUUCCUGUAAAAAUGAUUAAAAUGGAGAAAAAGUUGUUUUUAACGAUUUCAAGUUUACUAAAAUGAGUUAGGACUUAAGAAUACUACCUAUAACCUUUUUUGCAGAGAUAGAGCAAAUACCGUUAAACCAAACAGAACAGCCUUAACUACGGUUAACAGUAGACAUUUUUGUAGUAACAGUCUUAAAAUUGAAGAAAAUUGAAACAAAUUUCCAAUUUCUAGGACCGUCCGUUUGCGUGCUACUGUACCUAGUUGCUCUUGGUAUAUAGGGGGUAUUUUGGUUAUUUACUGUAUAUAUAAUAAUAAAAUACUCUGUUAAGGGUUGAAUAACAUUUUUCGGUAACUUCAUAUUUUUUUUUUGUUUUGGGUUAACUUUUUAUUUUCGCGCUGUGUAUACAACACCCCCACCAUACCCAACCUUGGUUAAGCCGCGCGAAAAGACAGACUUGCGUGAGCGUCCGUAGUGCGAACCACGAAAAAACAAGCUCUCUUCUGUGACCGGUUCGCGAGAACCCCGCGCUGUGUUGUGGUCCUUACCACCCCCAACCCUCCAGAAAAUACCCCUAAGAAGACCCGGCCGGGCAGACGACGACGCGGGAAACCAUCAAGAGUGCCGACUUUUUGAUCGAUCUUCCGGAUGGAACAAUUCUUGGAUCUGAGACGAAAACCGAAAACUAUACUUACUAUGCCUACCGAGGCAUUCCAUUUGCAAAACCUCCACUAGCAAAAUUUGAGGUUUCAGGCUCCAGUACCAAAUGUCCCAUGGGACGGAAUUUUAGAUGCUAGUGAAUUGAAAGACUGUUGCAUACCUUUAGGCUCUUCUCGAGAACAACAAAGUGAGGAUUGCCUAUAUAUCAAUGUUUUCACACCACCGCAAAAUACAACAGAGACACUGCCAGUAAUGAUCUGGAUGUACGGGGGCGGAUUUACUACCGGAUGUGCUCUCGAGAGCGUCUUCGGACCACAGUCUCUUACAAACGAAGGAGUUAUAGUGGUUACAUUCAACUACCGUUUGGGUCUAUAUGGUUUUUUAAGUACAAAUGACAGCGUGAUUUUGGGUAACGCUGGACUCAAGGACCAACUACUAGCGAUGAAAUGGACACAGAAAAAUAUCGAAUUUUUUGGUGGCGAUCCAGAAAAAGUGACAAUAUUUGGCGAAAGCGCAGGCGGUGUGUCAGUGGGAGCGCACGUCGCGAACAAAAAAUCUGCUGGCUUGUACAGAGCCGCGAUUUGUCAAAGCGGUUGUUCUUUGGCCAUUUUGCCUUCAGUAAUUCAAUCUGAUCCCAGGCAAACCGCUUAUGACAUUGCGAAAUCGAUAAACCCUUUCGUUUCGGAAGCAACCACGACCGAGGAAAUCAGAGAUUUUCUCCAAUCUCUGCCCGCCGAUAUUUUGGACAUUGCUUUCAACGCAAAUCCGCAAUUUUCUUAUUCCGGAACUGUAGGCAACGCCACCGUUGAAGGCACUGGAAAAGUGGGACACGGGGAAGAUGUACGUUAUCUAUUUGACCGGACUGAAUUUUCCUUAACAACAGAGGAGGAAUUCCUGACCAAAAGUAGGAUGACUAGACUUUGGACCAAUUUCGCAAAGACAUUGAAUCCCACCCCGGAUGAAAUUGAUCCGCUUCUCAAUGUAACCUGGCCUCAAGUUUCGGGUUUAAACAUCCCUUACCUGGGUAUAGAUGAGACUCUCGAGGUUAAGCCCGGUAAAAAGGUGAAAGAAAUGGAAAUGUGGAACGACGUUUUUUACACUUACGGCCAGCAACCUUUCUCGGGAUUUUGAUUCCUUAAUUCACGUAUAAACAGUGACAAACAUUAUGGCCCGAUUAUUUUAUAGAACAGGGUUGUUUGUGCGUCUCCUAUAUAAACAAACUUAAUAAAA